GUGAAGUCGCUUCACCUCCAGUACCUUUUCUUCAGCACUUCCCACUCAUACCCACGCAAGCCACACCCUUGCCUUUCAACAUCGUUACAUUUUCCGUCGGGCUCUUGUAUUCGCUGCCUGGAGGGCACAGUCGAUGACUUGUAAGUUGUUUCUUUUACAAAUGGCGGCUGAGAAGCUGUUGGCGAGGCUGGCCGACACUUCGCGUUGCCGUUGCUGGAGCAUCAGAUCCAGUCCGAAUACAAGCAUAAGUGCCCCUGCUAUCAAGCCAUUCGCUGCAUCUGAGCUCUUCGGACCUCUGAAACUAGAUGGAGUCGACUGUCGUCGAUGCUCUAGACACUCUUGAAAUGCUUCAUUGUCCCUAUUGGUGCCGACUGGAGACAAUUGACUGUGUUUCCUCAACAUCAGCCUUGCGUCCAUCGACCAAGUACCCGCGAUGCGCCAGGUGGAUUCUCAGACUGGUUCUCUCUGUUAUUCUGAUUUUAUCUGUUGGUUCUAAGUCGCUGGCUCUUGAAUUUUCCAGCAAUACCAUUGGUGCUGUAGCUAGAGUAUGGCAUGGUGGCUAACCUCGUCGUCUUGCAGCAGGCAGCUCGGUGUAUAGUCAA